CUCUCUAUACUAGACCACACUACGGCUAUACAAGAUGUGUCUUUGGCUCUUUCUUCCGUGCCUAGUGACGCUCAUAAUCAUCAUCUUGAGUUAGUUGCUCUUUGCUGUUUGCGUUUCCAGCCAAUACGAACCACGAGGUACUAUUGAGAGUAACAAAUAACUCUAGAUGAAUCUGAUACUAAGGGAAGGAGGCAGUUCCGACUUACGCAAUAAGCCGAUGGUACCUGCUAGACUUGGUCCAGGCCUCUUCAUCGAGUUCAUCGAAAGCUUUACUCGUAGCGAUUGGUUGCAUUCAAAUAUAGAAAGUGCAUGGUGUAUUCAACAACUUGAAGACCUUCGAGUUAUAAAUAUAAGUUAUCUUAUGCUCGGGGUAUCAUUAUUCUUAUAUUCGAACAUCUCAAUCGUUUUGUGUUCUACAAUCACUUCUUGAUCUUCCAACACUGUGCUCCAAGCAGCACUCUUCCAAAAUGAAAUACGCUCUCAUCCAGCUCGCCAUCAUAGGCGCGGCCACCGCUCUCGUUGUACGCGGAGGCGGUCAGCAGCCCGAUGUGAAAACCCCAAGUGUUUAUCAGCCCAAGCCAAUCGAGACCCCACCUGUGGCGGUUAAGCCUUCGCCUUCUCCAGAAGAGCACAAACCUUCUCCAACACCUAAGGAGGAAAAGCCGAAGCCUUCUCCCGACCACGAGGAGAAGCCACAACCCUCUCCCAAGCCUGUCGAGCCCGUGAAGCCGAAACCCGACGAGCCAAAGCCCUCCCCCAAACCUGUCGAGCCUGUCAAGCCGAAACCUGAGGAGCCAAAGCCCUCCCCUAAACCCGUUGAGCCUGUCAAGCCGAAACCCGACGAGCCAAAGCCAUCCCCUAAACCAGUUGAACCUGUCAAGCCGAAGCCCGACGAGCCAAAGCCCUCCCCUAAGCCUGUCGAGCCAAAACCCUCCCCUAAGCCAGUUGAGCCAAAGCCAAAGCCUGUCGAGCCUGUCAAGCCCUCCCCCAAACCCGUUGAGCCUGUCAAGCCUUCUCCCAAACCAGUCGAGCCCAAGCCUGUUGAACCGAAGCCAAAGCCAGUCGAACCCAAACCCGUUGAGCCCAAGCCUUCAGAGCCUGUCAAGCCGAAACCAGAGGAACCAAAGCCCACUCCUAAGCCGAUUGAGACGAAGCCAGCUGAAGAGAAGCCAAAGCCAACCCCAGUACCUGUAAAACCCCAUGACGACAACAAGGACAAGGGUCAGUGGGAUGAGAAAGAGAACAACAACGAUCACGACAACAAGGGAAAGAACGAAGAGAAAGGACACGAGCAGCCGAAGGGAGACGAACACGACAAGGACAAGAAACAGGGCAAGAAUGACGGGAAGGACAGCAAGCCGGAGGAUAAAGCGGGAGACCACAACAAGUCAUAUUAG